UUAAAUUUAAUAAACGAACGAAAAUCAAAGUUUUUGUUUCUGCAAUGACAUUUCCAUGUACACACUGCUUAAAAAUAUUAUUUUCCGCCUAUUUCUCUCUCUGGCUUUCUAAAACCUUGAUCUAGAAAAUAGAAAAUUUUUAUGUUGUCGGAAAAUCCGCGAGCUGAAGAAGAAGCUUAAACUUUCACUUUUUUGCUAACUCAAGCAAUAUCAACAUUCUUCUCUUACUGUCAGUUCCUUUUAGAUUUGUUUAUAUUUAUUUUUUUAUAAAAUUCUCGAUUAUUUAAUUUACGAGAUCACGGGGCAGUUCAACGACCUUGUUUUAGUCCAUAUCAAUGGCUACGAUUGAAUGCUUGACGGCCGGAGUUUGUUUCCCUUGCCAGAGCGACCCACACGACGACGUCGUUGGAAUCUAGUGUAGUGGUGGGAUUAGGAGGCUAGUAGUGUUUGCCGAUUCCGUUGGAUGCCUAUUGGGUGCAGGAUAAAUGCUUCUUGCCUGGAAUCUAGGGUUUUCGAGCCUGGUCCUUGUGGUCUCCCUUGUUCUUCCUUUGAUCGGCUUUUUCAUUAGGCGGAAAUGGCGGCUUUCUGUAGCCAGGCAAGCGGAGAUCAAGAGACUUUUGAUUUUGGCAUCGGAGGAGACCGCUAGGGCCGAACUUGAAGCCUCUGGUGGAUACGGUACCAUUUCCAUUUCGCGGAACUAUCACCAGUGCGCUGUUUGCUAUUGUCCUACUACUACGCGGUGCGCCCGCUGUAAAGCCGUUCGAUAUUGUUCUGCUAAGUGUCAAAUUAUUCACUGGCGACAAGGUCACAAGGAAGAAUGCCAUCCUUCUGCCAUUACCACAUACCAUAAUCAUGAUCAGGGAAGUGAUUCGGGUCAAAUAGUGAUGGAACAAGACCAGCAUGGAGACGGAUAUGAGAUCGAAGAAAAGCAGCAUGCUAAGCCAACUGGAACAUCCUCCACAGAACCUGCAUUCUCUAAUUCCACCACAGAACCUGCAUUCUCUAGUUUCACUAGCUCUUCUGUGGUUUUACAUGGGAAUGAUGAUGAUAUAAAGGUUGAGUUCCAUGCUGAUGGGGAAGGAACAAACUCUGCUUUAGAAUCUCCCAGUGCUUCAUUUUCUGGAUUUUCUUCUUCUGCAGCUGGUAGUGAAUCAUCUGACGAUGUUUCUGUAUGUGAGAGCAUAAGUUCAAAUGAGCCUGAUAAAUUGGAGAUAUCGUCAUCUGCUGAUGCUAAUCUCGACAUGUUUUGGACUGCUUCUGGUGUCAACAACGUGGAUCAAACCAAUCCAUUAUCCCCAAAAUUUGCUAGGUUGGUUGGUUUGGUAGAUAAAUUUUGUAAAUUAAAUCAGACAAAGCCUGAUCAAAGUGGAGAGAGCCAAUGCAGAGUAACUAGUUCUUCAGGUUUAGGCAUUAGUGGUACAUGUGAGGGCUUAAUUGCUGAGGGUUGUACACUAUCUUCUGGUUUCUGGGGCAGAACUCUGGAAUCAGUUCCAUCUACAACUGAUGCUGACAAUGAGUCUUUUAGUACCUCACUUGAUUCUGAAUCUUCCUUACAUUUUUCAUUUAAUUUGUCUGGAAAUGCUUCUUCCUCACAUCCACAAGGCUCCAAGGUGAAAGCUUCCAAAUUGGAUGAUUCUCCUCAGGGUGCUUUGCGGCAUACCAAGCUUUCUGAUAGAGUAACUUUGUUAGAAAACGUUGGUCUAGAUGCUCCGAAGGUCAGCAACUCCCAAUCUUCAAAUAUUGAAUGGACUAACCAUAUGGAGUGUGGAUCUAGCAAAAUUUCUAAUGUCCCAAAACCCAGGGAAGCUAUCAAUACAGAUGUUCCAUUAGUCAGUAGUUUGUCAUCUUCAUGUUUUGAAAAAUCAGGCUCUGGUGCUGUCAUUAAUGGACCUAGCACUGCUUCUCAUCCGUUAAAGUCUUCUGAAUCCAGUGCCAAAGAACAUGUUGUUCCUAGUGUAAAAUCUGGGAAAAAUGAUGGUGUUAAUGCAAAUGCGGCUACAUUACCUCAGGUUUCAAGUUGUUCUUCUAAUGGGAGGCAUGGAUUGAAAACCUCUAUGUGGAAAGUUGUUGAUCAAUUCAGAGGAUCUAAAUUGCCGAAAUACUAUCCAUUUGGAGUGAGUAAUGAGGUCUCUGGAAAAUAUAAUGAUAAGGGACUUUUUCCUUAUGAAUCGUUUGUCAAACUUUAUAAUUGGAACAAGGUGGAACUGCAACCAUUUGGCCUUGUAAACUGUUUGAACAGCUGUUAUGCCAAUGCUGUCCUCCAAUGCUUGACAUUCACUCCUCCUCUAACUGCUUACUUUCUUCAGGGACUCCAUUCGAAAGCAUGUGCAAAGAAAGAAUGGUGUUUCACCUGUGAGUUUGAAAAUCUAAUUUUGAAGGCUAAGGAUGGGAAAUCUCCACUGUCCCCUAUAGGAAUACUGUCCCAAUUACAAAAUAUUGGUAGUCAACUUGCUAAUGGGAAAGAGGAAGAUGCACAUGAAUUUUUAAGGUAUGCUAUCGAUGCCAUGCAAUCUGUUUGUCUUAAAGAAUUUGGGGUGGUUUCAUCAGGUUGUUUAGAAGAAGAAACGACUUUAAUAGGCUUAACAUUCGGGGGCUACCUUCGGUCAAAGAUAAAGUGCAUGAAGUGUCAUGGUAAGUCUGAACGUCACGAAAGAAUGAUGGACCUUACAGUUGAAAUUGAGGGAGACAUUGGAACUCUGGAAGAGGCUCUUCGGCGGUUUACAGCGACUGAGAUUUUAGAUGGAGAAAAUAAGUACCAGUGUAGCAGAUGCAAAUCUUACGAGAAGGCCAAAAAGAAGUUGACAAUAUUAGAGGCUCCAAAUGUCCUAACUAUUGCUUUGAAGCGAUUUCAGUCUGGUAAAUUCGGAAAGCUUAACAAAGCGAUUCAAUUCCCUGAGAUCUUGAACUUAGCACCAUAUAUGAGUGGGAUAAGUGAUAAAUCACCCAUAUACAGGCUUUAUGGGGUGGUGGUCCACUUGGAUAUUAUGAAUGCUGCUUUUUCAGGACACUAUGUGUGCUAUGUUAAAAAUGUUCAAAACAAGUGGUUCAAGAUUGAUGACAGUGUGGUAACAUCCACAGAACUUGAAAGAGUUCUAACAAAAGGAGCAUACAUGCUUCUUUAUGCAGGGUGCUCACCCAGGGCCCCAAGAUUGGUGAGCAGAAGUGAGUCCAUUCCAUCGAGGGUCAAUUCAAAGAAUCAGCUGAAUUCAAGUUCUUCAACAAAUUCUAGUCUUGAUGAAGUCUACCCUAGCUCAAUUUAUCCAGAUAUUCGAGGGAGCAUUGAAUCUUUUUAUUCAAAAUACAAUCGGCUGCAAAGGAUUUUAGAGGAGGACUCAAGUGAUAGUUCUUCUCUUUUUAGCAGCAACUCUGAUGAAGGUUCCUGCUCUACUGAUAGCACACGAGAUUCUACCUGCGCAGAUGACUUAUUGGAUUCUAUAUUUGGUGAUUCAAUACGUGGUUUGAACAGCCCCUGUAGGAGUUCUGAUUCCGAUGCUUCUUCAUCUUCCUCUUCUACUCCACUUUACUCAAGGCAUUCACCCCUUGCUGAUUUAGACCGAUACGCUUCAGGUUCUCCUGAAAUUUGCAGCUCAGCUAAAGAGAAUGUUGUUCUUUUGGACAGACGACCCAGUGGAAGUAGCAGACAGAUGGAUGAGGAAGGUAAGGGAAAUGAUCCUUUUUUCCACAAUGACACGAGUAAACAGUGUAGAAAGAUAGGUAGUAGUAGGUCUAGGGAAACUGACUCAGAGAGAUUAGGAGGGGUUAAUCCUUUAAAUGAUGUAUCUCUUAGAAAAUCGAGGAGGGAAAGAACCGAAUAAAAAAUUCUAUUAGGAGGUAUUAAGUGGAGGUAAAUAAAGAUUUGGGAGGGGUUUGCAUGUAAUGUACUCGUGUAAUUAGCUGGGUUUGUUUAAAGAAAGCAGCCAUCACCAUUUUGUUUAUAUCUCUCCAUUCUCUUGGUUAAUGCAAACGCUAGGCACUUCCCUUGGCCUUUAUCUACAAAAACAACAUUCAUUUCAAGAAAAUGAAAACUUCUCUCGUAGUUUGGGACAAAAAACAAUUGUACUACAUUUUG